CGACAGGGGAGAGUUGGAAAGACGCAGGAGAGAAGCAGGAGGCAGGAGGCAGCCGGGAGGGAGCAAUGGGAGCGGGAAGCAGGAAGGUUCCCUCGCAGAUUCCCCUCCGGCCCCACGUCGCCUCGUCGGCCCCGAUAGGGGAACGAGGAGCCGGGCGAGCAGAUGGAGCGAAGCUCGCUCCAGGCAGCGGGCUUGGCCGGAGCAUGGAGGAGCCGCCAAGCGACCGGCUGAUUGGAAGAGAAACGCAGAGCGAUGGAGGCGGGGGUAGGAGGACGAUUUCUCUGCGGGGACUGGCGGCGGCGUACACGCCCGGGUCGGGCGCUGCAGAGCUUGGCUAGCUUUCAACCCGCGCUCGCCGGCUCCAGCCCCGCGAGCCCCCACCCCCAGCCCUCCCGGCAGCUCCGCAGGGUGAGGUGGCUCUGAACCCGGAUUGCCCGGCCAGCGUGACCGAGGAGGCGGCUGGAGGUGGCUGGGCUGGACGGCUGGAGAAUGAACGGAGAAGCAGACUGCCCCACAGACCUGGAAAUGGCCGCCCCCAAAGGCCAAGACCACUGGUCUCAGGAAGACAUGCUGACUUUGCUAGAAUGCAUGAAGAACAACCUUCCAUCCAAUGACAGUUCCAAGUUCAAAACCACUGAGUCACAUAUGGACUGGGAAAAAGUAGCAUUUAAAGACUUUUCUGGAGACAUGUGCAAGCUCAAAUGGGUGGAGAUUUCUAACGAGGUGAGAAAGUUCCGGACAUUGACAGAACUGAUCCUCGACGCUCAGGAACACGUUAAAAAUCCUUACAAAGGCAAAAAACUCAAGAAACACCCAGACUUCCCAAAGAAGCCCCUGACCCCUUAUUUCCGCUUCUUCAUGGAAAAGAGGGCCAAAUAUGCUAAACUUCACCCUGAGAUGAGCAACCUGGACCUGACCAAGAUUCUGUCCAAGAAAUACAAGGAACUGCCCGAGAAGAAGAAGAUGAAGUAUAUUCAGGACUUCCAGAGGGAGAAACAGGAGUUCGAGCGAAACCUGGCCCGAUUCAGGGAGGAUCACCCUGACUUAAUCCAGAAUGCCAAGAAGUCGGACAUCCCCGAGAAGCCCAAAACCCCCCAGCAGCUGUGGUACACCCACGAGAAGAAAGUGUAUCUCAAAGUUCGGCCAGAUGCCACUACGAAGGAGGUGAAGGACUCCCUGGGGAAGCAGUGGUCUCAGCUCUCGGACAAAAAGAGGCUGAAAUGGAUUCAUAAGGCCCUGGAGCAGCGGAAGGAGUACGAGGAGAUUAUGCGUGACUAUAUCCAGAAGCACCCUGAGCUGAACAUCAGUGAGGAGGGCAUCACCAAGUCCACCCUCACCAAGGCUGAACGCCAGCUCAAGGACAAAUUUGAUGGGCGACCUACCAAGCCACCUCCGAACAGCUACUCGCUGUACUGCGCGGAGCUGAUGGCCAACAUGAAGGAUGUGCCCAGCACAGAGCGCAUGGUGCUAUGCAGCCAGCAGUGGAAGCUGCUCUCCCAGAAGGAGAAGGAUGCCUACCACAAGAAGUGUGACCAGAAAAAGAAAGAUUAUGAGGUGGAACUGCUCCGUUUUCUAGAGAGCCUGCCAGAGGAGGAGCAGCAGCGGGUCCUGGGGGAAGAAAAGAUGCUGAACAUCAACAAGAAGCAAACCACCAGCCCCGCCUCCAAGAAGCCCUCCCAGGAAGGGGGCAAGGGCAGCUCAGAGAAGCCCAAGAGGCCAGUGUCAGCCAUGUUCAUCUUCUCGGAGGAGAAGCGGCGGCAACUGCAGGAGGAGCGGCCAGAGCUCUCGGAAAGCGAGCUGACGCGCCUGCUGGCCCGCAUGUGGAACGACUUAUCGGAGAAGAAGAAGGCCAAAUACAAGGCCCGGGAGGCAGCGCUGAAGGCCCAGUCGGAGAGGAAGCCGGCUGGGGAGCGCGAGGAAAGGGGCAAACUGCCGGAGUCACCCAAGAGGGCCGAGGAGAUCUGGCAGCAGAGCGUCAUCGGGGACUACCUGGCCCGCUUCAAGAACGAUCGGGUGAAGGCCUUGAAAGCCAUGGAGAUGACCUGGAACAACAUGGAAAAGAAGGAGAAACUGAUGUGGAUUAAGAAGGCGGCCGAAGACCAAAAGCGAUAUGAGAGAGAGCUGAGUGAGAUGAGGGCACCGCCAGCUGCUGCAAACUCAUCCAAGAAGAUGAAGUUCCAGGGAGAACCCAAGAAGCCUCCCAUGAACGGUUACCAGAAGUUCUCCCAGGAGCUGCUGUCCAACGGGGAGCUGAACCACCUGCCACUGAAGGAGCGCAUGGUGGAGAUUGGCAGCCGCUGGCAGCGCAUCUCCCAGAGCCAGAAGGAGCACUACAAAAAGCUGGCUGAGGAGCAGCAGAAGCAGUACAAAGUGCACCUGGACCUCUGGGUCAAGAGUCUGUCUCCCCAAGACCGUGCAGCAUAUAAAGAGUACAUCUCCAAUAAACGUAAGAGCAUGACCAAGCUGCGAGGCCCGAACCCCAAGUCCAGCCGGACUACCCUGCAGUCCAAAUCUGUAAGGAACCCUCUGGCGGGGGGCGGGGAGGCGCGGCAGAGACCACUGAUGCAACUCUGUCCCCCUAGGAGUCUGAGGAGGAGGAGGAUGAAGACGAGGAUGAAGAGGACGAGGAGGAAGAGGAGGAAGAUGAUGAGAAUGGGGACUCCUCCGAGGAUGGCGGGGACUCCUCAGAGUCCAGCAGCGAGGAUGAGAGCGAGGACGGGGAUGAGAAUGAGGAGGAUGACGAGGAUGAAGAUGAUGAUGAGGAUGAUGACGAGGAUGAAGACAACGAGUCUGAGGGUAGCAGCUCCAGCUCUUCCUCCUCAGGGGACUCUUCAGACUCGGACUCCAACUGAGGCUCAGCCCCACCUGGGGCUCCCCUCGCCUUUGUUUUUCCCCCUUGUUCUGUCCCCUGCCCUCCCCCACUUUCUUUCUUUCUUCCUUUUUUUAAACAAAAUAUGGUGGGGGGGGGAGGGGCUGGAGGAGCCCAGGCCAGGACUCUGCAGCCUCAGAGACAUCAGCCCUGGGGACUCUCCAGGGAGGGCAACCGUCAGACUGAGCCACCACUGGACUGGACCGUCCCACCACUCUUCUGCACUUGCGGUUCUGGCACGGACAAUGGACCUGGGAGUGGGGUGGGGGUCCCAAAGAGUUCAGUGAGGCCCUCUAACCUGCAGCCCAACUUAAGGGGGGGUGGAAGUUUGGGGAGGACCCCUCCCUUCCCAGAGGGGCUUGCUGCCUGGACCCCCUACGUUGGAACUGGAGGCAGGGAAUGUGGAGAGAGGAGGGCAUGUGCCUGUGAGAAAACAGGCCCUGCCCCAUUGCCCUCUCCCCUGCCCGCUGCGGGAAGGAGCUACCUGGACCCACUCUUGGGGGGAGGGGGCAGAGGUGUUUUUUAUAUAUGUGUAUAUAUUUUUUUUUAAGCUCUGAGCUGUCAACGAGACGUUUCCUACCGAUC